UGACAAGAUCAAACCGUUCGAUGCAGCAAAAUGCAAGGGCCGGGCGGUUUGAUAAGCACACAGCCAUCAACAGCCACGUAUCUUAGCUGAUCGAGCGAUACAGAAUGAAGCUGCUCGCCUUUUAUUCGGUUAUAAAACCCGCAAGCCGGCUUAGUCGAAGGGGUCAGUUUGCCUAUUGCCGUUUUGUGCGGGACCACGAGUGCGGACCACAAUCCGUCGGCGCAACAACAACACAACAUGGAACCGAUCGAUGCGCGGGCAGAGCGCAGGGAAAAGAUCGUCUACCAUCUGGAGACAUGCUUUAACACCAUCAACCACAUGCUGAUUGGAUAUGUGACGUUUUAUCUGUCCUACUACUCGUACACGAGAGGCUUUGGCAAGCUGUUUACCUGGCACAUUUUCCUCUGCUCUGUCGGUUACCAAUUUUUCAUGGCACAGUCACUGCUUACGCUCUACCCGGCCAACUCGUGGACGAAUCGGUACUCGAUUGCAACCAAGCGCCACCUGCACUGGGCUUUGCAGGCGAUCGGCUGUGUUGCAAUCCUUGUCGGGAUCGUUAUUGAGAUCUAUCUGAAGGAGGAUGCCGGACGGAGCCACUUCCGGUCGGAUCAUGCCAUAACGGGUUUGGUUUCACUCAUCUUUAUCGCACUGUCCAUACUGAACGGCAUCGCAGCGAUGUACACCGUCAAGAUUAAGCACCUCAUCAAGCCAGUGUACGUGAAGAUGUGCCACUACCUGACCGGCAUUGUCGCCUUCGUUAUCGGUAUGACAUCGCUCGCGCUCGAGUACUCACCGCGGAUGCUAUCGGUGCAGCACAAGCAGAUGCUGAUCGCGUUCACCACCAUUACGACCGCCCUUACCCUAAUCGGGGUGUGCAAAACGAUGACCAAUCAGUGCCGAAAUCUGCGUCAAUCUUGAAGAUUGAAAUGAAAAGUGUGUAAUGUAUGUAUGUAUAUUGUUAAAAUUCAUUUAUUUGUAUCACGCGCCACAAUUCGCUCGCUCGGUGCUGUGUUGUACAAUGCGUAUUAUUUGCUUUUCAUUACAAAAUACGUAACGGAGACGUGUGUUGUUGUUAUUCGUUGUGUCAUUAGCAGCGCGCGCUAGCGUGAUUUGAUUUAAAAAGAAAAGAAAAAAAACACUCCUCUCUCUCUCUCUCCUAUUUCGUGUCCUACUGAUCUGAUCCUGGCAAUCCCCCGGGGGUGGAUAGGUGAAAACAAAAUGAUGAUACUUCAUAAUUACUAAAAACAAAAUAUUCUAUUAAGGCUGCAAGCAUUAGUUAUGGAUUACGGGACAGAAAUGAUUGUUUUU